CGUUAUGUCAAUAGGUUAUGAUUAUGCUUCUUAAAUCGUGAUUCAUACAAAAUGUUCAUUUUGUUAUUUUUGUACAAUCUACACAAAUUUCUUCUUUCUUAUAACUUAUAAGAUAUCAUCAUGAAAUUUUCACAAAAACGUCUGAAUAAUCCAACUGUAUUCGCCUCAACAAUCCCCGUAACCUUAAAAGAAUCAAGAUUCCUUCUCUGGGUUCACCCCACCACCAUUUUCCCGCCAAAACCUUGAGUCUGCCAUUUAUUACCACAGUGGUCAGUGGUGAUAUUCCCCAUUCUCACAUUCUUUCACAUAGAGUGUGAAAAAUGAUGAUGGGUGCAUCCAAUUUGAUGAUGGGGUUAACCCUGGUGCUUGUGGUCUGUCUUGCUGUGGUUCUUGGUUUGGUGCUGGUUCUGUUAGCUGAGCUCUACUGCUCCAUCCUCCUCCGCCGCCGUCAACUUCAACAAACCACCACCGCCGCACCUCUAACCAUAGUAGACAACAACAACAACAACUCAUCUUCUCCUCCUCCUAGUUCUGCUCUUCCAUCGUUAAGCGAUAUCUACUCACAAGGGGUCCUUGCAGCUCCAAGAAGCAUCCUUUACCCUUCACUCGCCGGCGACGACUUAGAGAAGCAGCAAGAGCUACCUCAACCGCCGGAAAAUCAAGAAAAUAACCAAGAUGGGUAUAUUCGGAAAGGUUGUUCUGGGAACUCCGGUCGUAUAGAGAAGGAUUUGGUUUACAUUUCGAACCCUAUGUUUGAUGAUGAGAAUGGACGUCGGAGCAAGGCGGGGAAUACUCCAUUUGAGACGCCGGACACGUCGCCUUCGCGGCUGGAGUCAGAGGGGUCGUCUGGUGAUGAUGAACGGGAUGAAAUAACGUCUUUGAAGGUGGUGGUGACGCCGCCGAUAACGCCGAUGAAGAAGCUUCCCGCUGAGGUGAAGUCGGUGGCGUCGGUUAAAGAUGAUGAUGCUGGUCGUGGUGGCGAUUUGAAUAGCAACAAUGGAGCUUCGUCGUCUUCCUCUUCGGGAACUCCUUGCACUUCUCUGUCGUGGUGAACUAUUCGAGGGGUUAAUUUUUUUUUUUUUUACAUAACUGCAUUUGUAAUUUAGUUUGCUACUAACCAAUGAAAAAACUUAAAAAAUUAACCUAGUUUAAUAAUUUUUGUAUUUUUAGAAUUACAAUGGUUAGUUUAUAACAAUAUUGGAGUUAAAAAAUUAUGAAGUGGCAUUAAAUUUACUA